AUGCACCCGGGUUUUCAAGGCGUUAAUCAACCAGCACGUGGAGUUCCUCAUCGGCCACGACGGGAAGGGGAGGAUGAGGGUCCAGAUUACUUGCUUGCCUUGGGUGACGGGCUGAGGGCUUUCUUGGACAUGAAAGGCAGUUUUGGGAUGCCGGAGGCUCUUGCACAGAGGGAGAAGGUGAAGGCGGGUAAGUACAGCAUGGUGAAGAAGUGGCAGUGGAACGACACAGAUGCACCUCACCUGAUGCGCUUCGCCCAUGUCAACGGAGAUGGUGGCGUGCGUUGCAACGGAGGCUUUAUCCUCUUCCCCCUCCCCCCUUUCCCCUUUUCCUCUCCCCCUUUCGCCCUCCUUCCCCCCCUCCCCCCCCCACCAGCAUGUCAACGGAGAUGGUGGGCGUGCAUAGCAGCGGAGGCCCUCUCAAUAUUGGAGAAGGUGCACGAGCGAGGCUACGUGCAUGGAGACGUGAAGCCGGAGAACUUUCUUCUCGGGCAGCCCGGGACUUCCGAGGAAAAGAAGCUGUACCUGGUUGACCUGGGUUUAGCAACGAGGUGGAGGGACAGCAACACGGGGCAGCACGUGGAGUAUGACCAACGACCAGACAUCUUCAGUCGCAGGGACGAGCUGGAAUCACUGGCAUGCACACUCGCCUUCCUGCUGUCCCCAUCACCCGCACCCUGUGCUAUGUGCUUCUUCUUCCUCUUUCACAGGGGCACGGUGCGCUAUGCAUGCGUCCACGCACACCUGGGGCGCACGGGCAGUCGCAGGGAUGACUUAGAGUCACUGGGCAUACACACUCGUCUUCCUGCUGCGAGGAAGACUGCCCUGGCAGGGCUACCAGGUGCAGAGGGCGACAACAAGGGUUUCUUAGUGUGCAAGAAGAAGAUGAGCACGUCGCCCGAGAUGCUCUGCUGCUUCUGUCCGCCGCCCUUCAAGCUCUUCCUCGAGUACGUCGUCAGCCUCAAGUUCGAUGAGCGCCCCGACUACGCCAAGUGCGCCGCCAUGUUCGACCCAUCCUCUCCCCAACCCAGCACUACUGCCUCUCAACACAGAGGGAGCACGCUCUCUCAAGGUGCAGGUGGGGCAGAAGAGGGGGCGGGGCGAGGGGGGCGAGGAGGAGGCGGAGGAGGAUCAGCUGAGGAAGAAGAUCCGCCUCGGCAUGCCGGCCACCCAGUGGAUCUCUGUUUACAGCGCCAGACGGCCUAUGAAGCAGAGCGGAACUCGCGCCUGGCACAGCACGUGGAGAAGGGCAACGAGGACGGGCUGCACAUCAGCAGCGUGGCGUCGUGUCAGAACCUCUGGGCGCUCAUCAUGGACGCGGGCACCAACUUCACAGCGCAGGUCUACGACCUCUCGCACGUGUUCCUGCCCAAGGUAAGUGCUUUGUCUCUGGCCAAGGAGUGGAUCAUGGAGCAGUGGGAGAGGAACUUCUACAUCACAGCAGUGGCGGGCCGCCAGCAACGGCAACUCCCUCGUUGUCAUGUCCAAAGGUGCUUUCCACUUGCUCCAUCUUUCAGUGCUCUACAGUGCCCCCUCUCUCUCCCUUGCCGCCUUCCUCCUUCCCACCCCCUCCCAGGCAUGCCAUACACGCAGCAGUGGUACAAGGUCAGCGACAGCUUUCCGUUCAAGUGGAUCAACAACAAGUGGCGCGAGGGCUUCUACCUUCAAGUGGUGGAGCUGGACUUUCUGUAUCCCAGCGAGGGCAUUCACAGGCGGUGGGACAUGGGUAUCGCAUCACAGCCACCGCUGCACGUGGGACCAGGCUGCCUUCCUUCUCAGUGUGCCGCGCAGACGACCCGCGGAUGA